UUCCGCUGGAGUUUGGGUUGCUCGCUGACUGCGUGAGGCGGGUUUGAAGCGAGAAACUGAAGUUGAGAGAGAGACGAGCCGGGACCAACAAGAACGGAGACUGCCCAGGACAGGUCCCGGAGUGAGGGGCGGACAAUGACGAAGCUUCACCCAGGGGAGCGAGGCUGAUCCCCAGCUCCGGGAGGGAUGGAGCAGGAAGAUACGGAGCCAGGCAGCUCCCAGUCCCCGGCCUCUGGGAGUUCAGAGAGAGACGGCAUCGUGGAACUGGAGAGCAGCGAGGGUCUGCCGCUGGGGACAGAGGAUCACUGGAAAGUCUUCUUUGAUCAGUUUGAUCCUGCCAACACAGGCUACAUUAGUACUGAGAAGUUCCGGAACCUUCUGCAGGCCCAUGGCUCAGAGCUGGACCCACAUAAAGUGGAGGUACUCCUGGCUUUGGCAGACAGCAACUCUGAGGGGAAGAUCUGUUACCAGGACUUUGUUAACCUGAUGAGCAACAAACGGUCUAACAGCUUCCGCCAUGCUAUCCAUUUGGGAAAUCGCCGUCUCCGUGCCAACUCACUCCUUGAAGAAACAGGCCUCACGAUAUCUCAGCGAUUUAUCCGACACAUUGCCUACGAGACCCUGCCCCGGGGACUAGACCGCAAGUGGUACUAUGACAGCUACACAUGCUGCCCCCCACCUUGGUUUAUGAUCACUGUUACCUUUCUGCAGAUUGCCAUCUUUGUCUAUUAUGGGAUGGCCCUGGAGAAGUGGGUGCUGCAGAUCACACACCCUUCAUAUCUGAACAACCCACUAGUCUACCAGCCACAGCUCCGCAGACAAGCCUGGCGUUACCUCAGCUACAUCUUCAUGCAUGUCGGAGUCGAGCACCUGGGCUUCAAUGUGGUGCUGCAGCUGCUGGUUGGAGUCCCUCUCGAAAUGGUGCAUGGUGCUGUCCGCAUUAGCUUCAUCUACCUCGCUGGUGUACUUGCAGGUUCACUGGCAGCAUCAGUAGCUGACAUGACCGCACCAGUAGCAGGAUCUUCAGGAGGACUUUAUGCUCUUGUCUCUGCGCAUCUAGCUAAUGUAGUCAUGAGUUGGUCAGGAAUGAGGUGUCAGUUCAAACUGAUCCGGAUGGGAAUAGCGAUGAUUUGCAUGAGUUUGGAGUUUGGCCGAGCAGUCUGGCUGCGGUUCCAUCCAGCCAACCAUCCCGCAUACACUCACCCCAGCUUUGUGACUCAUCUUGGCGGAGUACUGGUGGGAAUCACACUGGGGGUGGUGGUCCUCAGAAACUAUGAGCAAAGACUCCACGAGCAAUCCAUCUGGUGGAUCUUUCUCCUGAUUUACCUUCUUUUUGUUGUCUUCGCCGUCCUCUGGAACAUCUUUGCCUACAGUCUUUUGGAGAUCAGGCUACUCCCACCAGCCUAAAACACUUUGCAACAAGCUUCAAGACAGAGGUGGGUGCAGGACUCCAAAAGAAAAGAUCUACUGGAAUCACAACAUUAAUGGCCUAAACCAAUUGGACAAAAACACAAGAGGGUGCGUAGAAAGGAGUGGCUGGGACUCUGCAGACAAAUCAACACUGUAACAAGAUGAGACUGCUUCAAUCAUGCCCAGAGGAUUCAUGUAACUUCUCGUGCUGCAAAUGGGUCAAUUUCACAUCACAGUGGAGUGAUGAAUUUGCUGAUUCAAAUAGCGAUAAUACAAAUUUCUAUUUAAAAACAGACGUUAAGUUUUCCCUGAUAUUAAAUAGGGGAGGUCAGCUGCUUUCUGUAAACUGUUGGUGCGUCAUCCCCGGACCUCCAGCAGAAGCUCACUGUGGCCAUGGAAGUUGUAACAAGUCAUUGAAAUGUGACAGAAUGACAUUGGGACGACUGAAUUGCCAAUCUCUACUCUAUCCAGUGUGUGCACAACUCAGUCACAUUCGGAGAUUCUUGAAAACAGCCUUGGCCACCUCAUUCAAAGGAUUAAGAAAAAAGCCGAAGAGGUUUAUUCUAGAUCACAAUCCUCUGGGCACCCCGAUAGUAAAUGCAACAUUGCCAAUGCUCCCAGCAGCGAAGUAACCCUGCACCAUUCAGUCUCUGGGCUGUCAACCUGGGUGGGUGUAAACACACAAAGGCAGCACUGUACUGGGACUCUGAGCCCUAUCCCAGAAGGGCUGUACAGCAACUAUGGAGAUUAUGAGAAUGUUAGCACAGUGAAGAAGGUCCAUAUUUGAAGAGUGUGUUUCAGAGUUGGGACCUCCACUGGAACUACCACAAACAUGCUUUUAAAAACUGAAAGAACUGGAGAAGACGUAAAUCAGGGACGAAAACAGAAGUUGGUGGAAAAGCUCAGCAGGUCUGGCAGCAUUUGUGAAGGAAAAUCAGAGUUAAUUUUUCGGGUCCAGUCACCCUUCCUCAGAACCCCCGAGUCCCAAGAAAGAAUCACCAGGUUCAAAACAUUAACUCUGAUUUUUCUUCACAAACAUUUUAUUUAAAACUGGAUUUAUCGUGACAUUUGGACCUUUGAUGAAGGUAUGCAUUCUAAAUGUAACCUCAGACAUGUGAGCACAUUUAACUGGUGUAAGAGAUAACAUGGGAACACAACAGGCCAGGCAGCACCACAGGAGUAAGACUUUACCAGCUUCAAAAUCUCCCCAACCCCGCCUCAUCCCAUGACCAACCCUCCCUCUUAUCCCCACCUCUUUGAACUGUCCAUCUUCUCUCCCACCUACACACUCCUGCCACCUCACUGACCAAUCCCCACCACUACCUACCUGCACUCACCUAUCACCAUCUCACCUACCUUCCCCAGCCUGACCGCCACUUUUAUUUAUGUCAGAGCCCCCCUUCCCCACCCCCAUUUCCGAAGAAGGGUCCCAACCCGAAACAUCAGCUUUCCUGCUCCUUUGAUGCUGCCUGGCCAGCUGUUUUCCUCCAGCUCACACUGUGUUAUCCCUGACUUCAGCAUCAGCAGUUCUCACUAUUUCAGAGUAGGAAAGUUGACAUUUGGGGUCAGGACCCUUCUUCAGAAAAAUCUGGUGUAAAUAAUGUUUUGUAAUUUGUACAAGCUUGUUCAAACUCCUGAAAUAAAGUGAUUAUUCAUGGAUCAGGAUUGGUGGGAAUGCCCUUGCAGAUUGUAGAUAAUUUGACCCGCUUAGCGAGUAGUCUUAAUUUAUGGAAGAAUUCACACAUCCAACUCAGCUUAGGGCACACAAAACAAAAAUGACUGCAAUGUUAAAGCAUUUGAAAAUAAAAUUGUACAAAUUUUAAUUUAGCCAGAAAGCUGAAGCUGAGACAUAUCUUAAAGGCAUGUGGCAAACUUAAUGCAGAUGGAUUUCCAGAAGGGUUUAUUAGAAAUCUGGACGCCUUAAGUUUUCAUUAAGUCUGUAUAUAUUGUGUAUAGUUUUAAAAUGUCAACACACCAGGAAUGCAACCCACUGAAAAUGUUGAUAUUGAUUCAUUUUAGAA